AUGGCAGAUGAAAAAGCACCAGGUAUUGGAGAGUGUGUCAUAGAACAAAGCAAUUCAGACAGUCCAGAGGAACCUCGCAGUCCGGGUGCCAAGUCUACCAAUGGUGAUCAUGAGUAUGUUGUGCUAGCUCCUCCUGAUAUUGAAUCUGAUUCUGGGUCGGCAGUGUCUGUCUCUUCAAUCGACAAAAGCAAAUCUCUAGGGAGUAGUGUGAGUAGCUUUGCUGAUGUUAUAAUCCCUGAAAUGGAGGCUACCCUUGAGAAAGGACCAACGGAGAAGGAAGUACAAGACCUGGUGGAAGACGCAAAGAAAGAUUUUAUGCACAGCUCUGCUGCGGUAGAGGAGGUUAAUUCUGAUGCAUGGAAAGCAACAGAAAGGCAUGUAAGAAAUUCACUUGUGGUUGAAGGCCAUCAGCUAUUAAAUACAACAGAAGACGUUGAGCUGAGUAAACAAGGCUCUUCAUCAAAUGGUCAAUCUGAAACACCUCAAGUAACAAGCCUUUCCCAGUUAUCUUCUGAAGAAGCAGUUCAAGGCAGCUCAAGCACACAGCCAAGUCAAUCAGAUAAAGGAAGUGAUGGUAAUGCUAUAAUAUUUGAUGGAAUUACGUAUCUAGGAUCCUCAACAGUGAAUGCGCCUGUCAGUGAAAUUGAACUGAAACGAACAAUGGCAGUUCUCAGGGAACAAACAGAAGUCACCAUUGAUGUUUUGCUUUACGUGGGUUCUACAUCAGACGGUAUGAUCAGACUGAAGGAUCCCGAGACGCAUGCUGAUAUUGCUACUUAUCACAUACAGAGAAUAUUGUUUUGUGGUCGUGGUGAUGCUGAAGGAAAUGAAAGUGACUGUUUUGCCUUCAACACUAUUCAUGGAGACUCUGAUAUCUUCCACUGUCAUGUCUUCAGAUGUAUGGAUCCAGAAAAGGUAAAAAUGUAUUAAUUAUUACUGUUUAUGUUGUCCACAGAAGGAGAGGGUACUCCAGAUUUUUAUUUUCAAGUGAUGGGGAUGAUCGAGGGAUUUUUUUAGGGUUUGAAAUUUUCAAUUCCGGGUUUUUUGGGUAGGUAUUUUUUGGGUGGCUUGAUUUAAGUAGGAAUUUCUUUGGGUAUUCAAAACAUCUGACGAAAUUUUGCAUGGGAUUUUUUUGGGUGUUGUUGGAGGUCCUAGGAAUUUUUGAAGGUUUUGAUUUUUGCCCCCAUUGGAUCAUCCCCAUCUUUUGAAAUCCGGAGCAUCCCCCCCGCCCCCCUGGAAUGUUGUCUUAGAAAAAGUUAUUUAUAGUUGAACCUUAACACCACAGCCUCUGUCAGCACAGCAUGAUCUAAUAACUGAACUGUGUAGAGAUAAGGAUGUAAUAGGAGCCUUUGGUUAAAGAAUGAAAAAGAUAAGGAUCACUUCUUCUUUCAAUUCCACUUAAUAUAAUGCCGUAUCAUAAGUUUUCAGGUUUUCAGCAGCUGCUACACUAGAGAAUAAAGUCCUUAGCCGAGAGCAAAAAAUGAACAGUUGGCUUCAGGGUCAACAGCUAUUUUAUUUUUGAGGAAAAUGUUUCAUCCAAAGAGUUAAGACAUUGUCAGUGCUUCAAAAAGACUUGAAUUCCACAGGUUGUCCUUAUUUCAAGCAGCUCUCACACUUUUUUUGCCAUGGGGCUACUUCUUGCUCAUCAGUGAUUUAAGUUUUGAUUAAAGAUGACCAGCUUGGACCCUUGUCCAUUACUAGUUCAACAUAUAAUUAUCUUAAUAUUCUUUUGCAAUACUCAGGCUGGGAAGAUUUUGAGGACGUUUGCUAUAUCGUUUCGAAGAAACAGAAAGGUAAUAAAAAUUAUUAUAAUAAUAUGUCUAGUAAGUAUAUUCCUGGUUAUUUUUAUGAAUAAGUAAAGUUCCUGUUGGAUUUAGCUAGCUUGGCAACAGCAUAUACAUGUAGUAGACAUGGCAGAGCUUGGUGUUGUAGUGUAGUGUAUUGUUGAGGAGAUAAUAAAAUUCAUUGAUUUGUACUCGUUUACAAGCAAUUGGGCAGACACCCAAACAUCACAGGCCUCAUGUGAAAGAAGUUAAACUAUACCGUAAAAGACAGAACUUAAGUGAUGAUCCAGGUAAGAAGGGAAGCAAUUUGUUUUGUUAUAGCGCAAUACGCUUUCCUCACAUAGAAAUGUUUUCAUUUUUACGCAGAGAAUGGAUAAACCUACAAAAAGGCAGUUUAUGAAAGAAAAUGUAUUUAAACUCCACUUUUAAAGGGUGUAUUUUUGUGUUAAAACAUUUCGACCAAUCACAAGAGUUGCAAACAAUGGCUAAGAAAUGGUCACAAUUUUACAUGAUCCGCACAUACGAUUUCUGUGUUACUUAGACUCAGACGAGAAUCAUGUUAUAAGGAAGUGGGACAGAAAAAAAGGGAUUAAUAUACUUGCUGUUUUACGAAGAUUUUGUAAAAUUUGAUGUUUAAACCAAUCAGAACCAUAGUAGAGACAAUGGUAAAGUUAACACCUUUUCGCAUUCCGACGUGUUCACUGCGUUUUGGUCCUUUCCUUCUUAUCUGGACCAUUGCUUAAUCAAGUUACAUGGUAAUACUGAACUUGUUUAAGAAGUCUAUCACUAAGUGAAUCAAGUCAUUAUGAAAUAAGCGUAUUUUUACACUGUUAUUCUUUCACUAAUUUCCACUCAUUGGAGGGAAUUGGAACAAAAAUGAAAACAUUAGUUAUUUGUUCUUAGAUAUUUUUUCUUUUUGUUCUCUUUUCAACAUGCUAAAUCUCUUUGGAGGACAAAUAUUCUUCAGUGAGUGUUUCUUAUCACUCUGUGUCUAUUUUACCAACCUAGCAUCUUGUUACAGACAUUUUGUUAGUAUAUCAAACUUUAAAAAUAGAUUAGUGCAUAGAUAGUGAAAGGUUGAUCCAACAGCAUAGAAAUACUGCCUAUUAUCAGGAGUAGCUCAAAAACACAAGAGAAGUUGCUCUCUAAUAAUUAUUGUGUUGGGAAAGUGCCUUCCAUAAAAUAAGUGCUCCGAUCCCUCUUUCCCACUCACUCUGCAAUAUAGUAAGAAUACCACAAUGAGAUCCUCCUUCUAUUCUGAUCUUUUUUGACCUUGACUAAUGUGCCAGCAUCAGGGAAGUUGGAUAAUAAAAUCCUAAACUUGCCAGGAUGCUGUGAGACCAUGAUUAUUUCAAGAAUACGACUUAGAGCAAAAAGUUCAAGACUCCAGAUGCAAAGAAACACACUAAAGCAAAACUGCAAGACUAAUUAAUUAUUACAGACAUUUCUCAGAUUUUAAGGUUGGAUCAAAAUUUUCUGAGGACCAUGAUUUUCUAGGUAUCAUUCAUCCCAUCUAGUGUCAAAAAGGAAGAGCAGUUUCUUCUUCAUUAAGUCGAUCAUGAUCCUUUCAGUUCUCUCUGUCCCUAUGCACUUACAGAGCUCUUAUCUGGCAAACUGAAGCAUCUGUUCAUUGCAGAAGGAAGAAUUUUAAAAAGUUUCUGUCAGACUCAGAAAACUGUGAACACCUGAAAUAUUUUGAGAGUUCUUAUUGUGUUAUGAACAAUCACAACAAAGAUCAGGACACUAGAGCAAGGCAGAAAAGCACAAACCAAAAUUACUGUUGUUUUCUCACACCCGAUUGGCUUUUUCCAUUCAACCAAAUUAUAAUAUUCUAGAAAUUUUAUUUUUUAGUGUUCACAGUUUUAUGAGUUUAACAGUUAAAGGAAAUACAGUAAAUAAUCUGUUAUUAUAUGUAUGCAUAAAGUGUGAAUUUACAAUCUUAGGGCUAAAGGCAUAUUAGGAGUCAUGCGAGUGCCCCUCCAUGCUAUUUUAAAGUCUCUUAAAUUCAUCUUCCAUAGUAAUUUUCUGUUUUUUUUUACUUUAAAAGCGAAAGCAGCAGGCUUUAGAAUCGUCUACGGACACUUCCGCCAUGACUAUAGCUGGCGUCAGUAACCUGUUAUUCAAAUUUGAUGUGACUCUUGAUAUUCUUGAGGAAGACAACAAAGGGUUCUCAUCUGCUGCUCGAGACAAAAACUGCUUCAAACUUCGUCAGGACUUGCGCAAGCAAGUUAGCAUAACUGUUCAGCAGCUGACAAACAAACACCUUAUUGUGGAAAGGUUUGUAUUAUUUGUUGAACCCAUUGUCACCCACACAGAUUUCCAUCCCUUUUACCACUUGUGGCAUCAUAACACAUCACAUCUUCAAAGCAUACCCAGCCUGUUCCAGGCAUUCGGAUCAUGGGGACCGCCCAAAGGGAUGUGAGCUGAAAAAAUUAAUAAUGGCGAGGGGGUAGGGGUAGGGGUGAGAGUGGGGGAAUGCCUGUAGUACUUUUUAACAAAAGCUCAUCCCAGUAUACCAGAAUGGUAUACCCCAGUAUACCAGAAUGGUAUACCCUAUGAUUGGUCUAUUUUGACAGCUCUUGUCAACACUCAGAGGUUCAUAACCGUAAUUGGAAAUGUGAUGCGCUAGCAGUGAGAUCGAUUUCACAUCAGUUGAUCUUGAAAGUGUGAUGAAGUGAUUAGAAAUAAACAACACUGUUAAUGUGGAAUAUCAUCCUUGACGAACGAGAAAGAAUUGUUUUCAGGCAGGAUCCCGUCAAUGGAAAGUAUAUGGCUUCAAAAUUUUAGCAGGUGUUGGCUUUUAAACAAGCUUCUCUUCAGGAAUACCACAAAGGAAUAUUAAAUAUGCACCUGCACCUUCUAUUGAUGCGAUAUGAGUCUGUUGGACUUUUAACAGUAUGUAUGCGGCUACUCAAGUACAACAGUUUAUCAGGGUUGAAGUCACUACAACAGUAGGGAAAGUGUGGUCAAAUCAGCUGUCAAUUCAGAAGAGAAGAAAAUUCAACUGAAAUUGCUGAAAACAUUCACCUGGAUAUUUUAAGAGCCGACUUUGUGAAAAGGUUUGAAGUAGGUUAGUCUCGGGACAUGCUCUGUAAUUGGAAAUUUUCAGAUCUCUAUUCACUGAACACACUUCCCCCAAAGCUACGCACGGAAUCUUUUACCAACAAGCAAAUUCAAAGAGCAUUUCAAUAAAAUAAAAAUAAGCUGACAGCAGCUAGUUAGUCUAUGAUAUGAGUGAAAAUCACCAGCAGAGAAAGUGGACCUGGCGAGUGUUGCAAAAAAAUAUAUAAAAGGUUUUUGUCUCAAUACAUUUGAAAGUAAUUCAGUAAAUGGUGCGGGUCAGUCACCCGUUGCUUGAUUGACAACUUUUAACACCAGAAACUAACAUUGAAUUACUAGCCAAUAAAGUGGGUGGAAUGACCUUUUGAAAACUUAUCUCACAGGUGUUCCCUCUCUCCCUCUCCCCCUCUUUCUUCUUAUUUUUUAGCGCUCUUUUACUUCAUGCUCUUUUACUUUAAUUGUCUUGAAAUUUUGCCUUCUGCACAAGGCAGCAGAUUGCUCAUCUUACAAACAGUGUUUUGGGUACUUUUAGUUCUUUUGUCCAUGUAGAGACCAAAAACAGCUCUUGUAACUUCAAAAGAAGUUUUCCAGGGAUGAAUGGGUUAUGGUGGCUCGCAAUAAUUCCCAGCAUUUUUCAGCUUUUCCUCUUCUUUGUGCCAAUACCACAACUAUUGUUAGUUAAAUGCCUAAUAUUUUGUCAACAAGUUAUUGUCAUGUUUUAUGUGAACAGUUACCAUAACAACAGAAUACCUUGCUCAAAAUCCCUUUUAAUUUAGCCUAAGGGGCUUACAUUGUUGUACUGAAAACCCGAUCUGGUGGCUCCCAUUUCUUAAUAUCCAAUAAUAAAUUAUUUAUUGUUAUUACAUUGUUUAAAUACAAGUUUUUGUUAUAUCUUUAAAUUAAUUUGGGCUUUCUAAUUACUUCACACUGAUAUUCAAAUUUCCCAUCUGGUUUUUGCCGAAAAAACUCCUGGUCAUUUCUUAAUAUCCAAUAAUAAAUUAUUUUCUUCCAGAUGAUUACAUUGUUUAAAAACAAAAUUUCGUUUUUUGUGUUUAAAAGUUUAAAUUAAUUUGUUUUCUUGCCUCAUUUUUUUUUUCUCUUGUGGUUGAAUCUUUUUGGUGGGAAUAGUUUUUGGGAAAGCUUUUUAGGAUCUUAGGAUUACUGGAACAAGAUUUUCAUGGAGAUUUUCAGGUCAAUGUUACAUGGUUUUUUGCCAUUUUCAAUUCCUUCAUUCUGGUAUUUUGAAAGAUCUCUUCACUUUAAAGGCAAAUUUGAACUGGGAACAAAAUAAUUAACCUGGGCACAAAAUAAUUAACCUGCGCCAUAGGCACCUUGUCAUGAAACAAUCGUUAAUGUGAGUGUAACUUUUUCAUCUUUUUAGGUGUUUUGGACUCCUCAUUUGUCCAGGAAAGAAUGUGCGGUAUUCUGAUAUGCACCUACUGAGUGAGGUUAGUUAAUAGACGUAAAACAACUUGGUCAAUAAACAAUUACUACUGAUUACAGUAUGAUGACAUCCAGCUUAUUGUGAAUCUUUAAUGAUAUGUCAGACUAUAUUUAGAUAAUUAAUGAGGCAUUAUUGUUGUAUAUGGAUUAACUUUUCUAUUGGUUUUUAUCCCUGUUUAUAUAAGCCCCAUGUGUUAAAAGGCAGAUAAUGCUAUCCACUGGAUAACCACUAUUGGUGUCCCUGAUAAUUAUCUGCUGGAUAGUGAUUUAUCCAGUGAAUAGCGCGAUCUAAUAUUUGAACAACUGGUGCAGGUACAUACUCUGAUUUUCUCUUUUCCAGAGUAACCAACAGCAAAGUACAUUAUUAACUUUUUUUUGGUCAGUAUGACACUUAAAACACAGAAUAACAAGAAAAACUGUACCGUUGAAUACUUUUCAAUUCAACAUUUAAAAACUACAGUUAAGAAAAACAAAAGGCCAGUUAUUUAAACAGAGUUUAGCCACUGUUUAACAAAACCUUGUUCCAAGCCAUUUUCACUUUGCCCAACGCUUUUAUCUUAACAUCAUUUAUUGUGAACAGUUUCAUGAAAGCAUAUUAUGGCACAGACUAGAAAAGCAUUUAUCUUUUUCAAAUAACCCUCUAAGGAAGGUAUCUGGAGGUCCAAAGAUUUGCUUAUCCGCAGCCUAAGUUGGACUUCGUUUAAAUAACUGACCCAAAAAGUUUUGUAGAGAUUUGCUACAGACUUUAAAAAGGUAUAUCAGUUUCAUUUUAGAAUUUUAGCAUGAAAUAUAAUAAUUGCUGAUGGGCUAAGAUCACUUUAACACUUCAGUGUUGCAAAAAUCAGUUUGGUAUUUUUCUACUUUUCAGUACAACCAAAAUUAAUAUUUAUGCUUUUCCAACUCUGAACAAAAAAAUGAUAUUCUACUAUGCGUGAAGUGGCAGUGAUAACGUAGUCUGUUUGGGCCAUUUAACUUUUUUGUAGGUAACAAUGAAUGUUGGAGAUGGAGGGAAGACAUAUUACAUAACUGGUUUAUGGGAUCCAGCGAUUCGUGACCUGUUAGUUUUGAACACAGAAACACCGAAAGGUACUACUUGGUCAUGAAUGUACCUCAUAAUGUUGUAUUUUAUGAUUAUUUCCAGUUAAAUGUCUUAAGUACACUUUUUUUGAAGGUUUGACCCUUUUUCCUUUAAUUUAGUUUGCCAAGACCUUCAAGGGCAAGAUACCAUGCUGUUUAGAUAAAAUUAUAUACAACUCACUGUUUAUUUUUUCAUCAGACACUCGACUGUUUGUAACAAUAGCUGUAGAUUUGGUUGUUACUGGAGUAAUAGAACCAGUCAGGUUUAUCGUGGAGACCAAAGCUAAAAUUUUUCCAAGUGGAGAGAAGUUCUUUUGGACCCCUAGUAGAGCAAAAUUCCGUGAAAUAUACAUCAUGGAGCUCAAAGAGGUAAGAACAUCCUAACGUCAGUGUCCUAGACUUCCCUAAAUUACCCACAUCAAACUGAUUUGUCCAUACCACAUAAGUAACUGUUUUGUGUGCGUGAUGGUUAAACUUGCUUUUGGGUCAUCUGUACCAUGAAACAAAUUUAAAACAAACUUGUGAUAUAACUCCUGGUUGCACACAGCUUUAUUGUUCAGAAACAGAGUAAUUCCCUAAUAAGGUACCCUUGCUUGAAAAGCUUUACUAUUAAUUUUUGAAUGGUAAGUGGAUGCGCCAAUCAUGUUGUUUCUUAAACAAAAAUUAAUAGCAUUGAUCUUCAUUGCCUCUUAGACAUAUUUUCUUCCAUUUUCUUCCCAUCGUCUUUGUUCCUUUCUUUUCUUUCUCUAACAUGAUGAUAAAUUUGCUUGGCAUUUGAUGUUGAAGUCUUAAAUUGCAGGUCACUGAUACAGACACAGGUGAAAAAGGCUUUGAAGUGAAGAGCCUCAAAACUGAGAGCAGUAUAGAAGCUUCCAAGAACUCGAAUAAAACUCGACCCUUCCCAAACCGGCAGCUUUCUGGUGGGGACAAAACCCCCUCUGAUGGUUAGUGUCAGGCAAACUUAUAAGAAUCUGACUAGUUGUUAGAAGUGCCCUCAUUUAUCCUGAUUUCUAGCAUUUGCUUUGAAUGAUUAUCCUUUAAUUGGUACCAGAACUGUCUGUAAUCAUACCGGUACUCAUGAGUAAAAUCCUGAUAUCAUUACCAAUUACUUUGGAAUCCACUCAAUUGUAUUUAUGAUAAUUUUCUGUAAAACCUUUGCCUGCAAGGGUACCAAAAGUCAAAAUUCAAAAAAUUAAAAAAUUAAACCCUGAUUCUAAAAAUAAUUAGUCAGAAACCCUUUACAGGUAUUGUGAAAGAGGUGUAAUUUUCCUUUUUUUUUACAAAUCUCUAGAAACGACCUAAGAAGUGCAAGGUUUACAUUACGUUAUCAUUUGGUUAGCAAAUUCCCUGUAUGAGCAAGCUUAGAAUUAGGACAGUUAUCAGAAAAACAGAACGGUGCCUAAGUAUUACAUAUUUACUGUGAGCAACUGCUUGUGGUGAGCUGUUUGCAAGCAGUAGUUGAUUCCUAAUGAUGAAGAGAUAGAUCUUACUCUUGUCCGUCAUCAACCAGACAUUAUUUUUGUAAAGGUUUACAUGUAAAAGUAAAUAUAAUUAAAUUAAAUAACAAUUUAGAGGUAGCACAUCCACUUGGUCUAGUAACUGAUUCCUGGUCAAAUUGGAAUUUAGAAAUGUUACCUUUUGAGGUGAGACAAAAACCAGAGUACCCAGAGAAAAGCCUCUCGAAGCAUGGGAGAGAACCAACAACAAACUCAACCCAUGUGUGGUGUCAACGCGUGGAUUUGAACCUGGGCCACAGUGGCUGGAGACAUGUUCUUGCACUAGUACUGCACCAUCCUUUUCUCCCCUGCUGUUUGCUUAAAUAGCCUUUUAAGCAAACAGCAGGCAUACAAAAAUGAUCAACUCAUUGGUCACAUCUGCCAUUUUCUGCUAGUCAAGAACUUGUUACUGCUACUCAGCCAAUCACUCACCAAUUCCUUAAAAUCACAACUUUAAUGCACUGUGUCUGGAUUUGCAGAUGAUGAUGAAGAUGAUGAGCCUUUGCUGUCUGGAUCAGGUGCGGUGCAAAAAGAAUGGACUGAAGAGGAGUUAGGCAGCUGGGCAGACCUGCUAAGCAAAUGGAAAGAUGUCACCCUUCGACCAAAGCAGCUUCCUGGGCUUGUCAGAAAGGUCAUAAAUCAAUAUUUCACAACUUUUAAUCGCUAAGUCCCCAAUAAUGCUUGUAGAAUUGAUUUCAUUAUACCUUGGGGCUCUUAUUUGUCAAAGACCUUUUUAAGAAGCAUAUAUUCAGAGGGGCUUAUUUUCACUAUUUUUACAGUAGCUUACUUUCAAUAACUCAUUAGUACUCAUUUUGGGAUAAUGGUUUCUGGAGGGGGAAAAGUAAUACCAUAAAACGUAGUGAGGAUAGUCAGGUUAAUCAUUUGGGUCAGCAUGAAUAUGACAGACCAGCUCUCAAUGUAAGGCUAGCCUGCAAAGGGAGAAAAUUGAUUUUGCUUCAAGGUGAGAAGAGAGUGCCAAAGGCAUGGGGAAAUUCAAAGCAUCUCCCUAGUCCCCAUUCUCCAGGUGGCUUCACCUCCUCUGCCAAAACUUUAUACUUAAAAAAAAUCCCACCAGCUACACAGUCAGGCUAAUAUAAGGCUUGAUUUUUCAAAUUAGUUCAUAUUUUCUCUAAACCCCUGGUUUAAAAUGGUCAGUAGCGAAUUUUGUGAUAGUUUCCCUUGUAUGAUACAAAGGGCAUACCGGAACCUCUCAGAGGACAGAUCUGGCAAAUGAUGGCUGGUCUGAAGGAAAAUGAUGAACUUCUUGAAGGCUACAAACAUUUUAUUAAAAAGGUAAAACAAUCUAUAAAUUAAUCCAUGCCGAGCUCCAAUAAUUAUUCUAGUCAUUUACAUGAAACGAUCAACAACUUUUAACUGAAAUACCUCUCACACAAAAGUUUUAAUCUUGAAUGUCCAAUCUAAUAAAAAAGCUAUAUAUAUAUUACCAUAUUUAUUUGAUUAACCGCCCUGGGCGCUUAUUAAAUUUUGGACCUUGCGAGUGGGCACUAAUCUAAGGUGGCGCUUCUUCGAGGCUGGGUGCUUAUUAAAUUUUCACCAUGUUCAGCAAGUGUUGUAUGUUUAUUUUGUUACAAAGCAAUAAAAGGUAGUAAUUAAACAAAACACAAAGAUUUAACAAAGCAAGGUUUGUGUAAAAUACUCUCAAAAAAAACUCCGUCUUUGGGAGGGUAUCUUGUUAUCUCUUAUUUGAAUUUGAGUGGGAGGGGGUGGGGGUGGGUGCUUAUUUGAAGCUGGGCGCUUAUUAACUUUUUCUACCUUUAGGAUGGGUGCUUAUUUGAGGUGGGUGCUAAUUCGAGGUUGGGCGCUUAUUUGAAUAAAUACAGCAAAUACCAUUAUGCAUAUGGCUCCUUCACCCAAGCAAAAUAUGGUCAUGUGAUACUGUUCUGAGAGGUGUAAAUUCACCAUGAUAUUGAUUGCAAAUAUCACUGUCUAAAAAUAAUGAGAGUGUCGUCUCAUUUCAAUUUUUUUUUUAUGAUCGCUUGUGUGACAUGGUAAGUGUGCCGUGGUUUGUUCAGACAGACUGACCCUUGAUGGUGGAAAAGUAGAUUUUGUUCCUGUGGAACUCAGCGACAAUGUUCAUUAAUUUUUAUAGUGUUAGACUUUGAAAAAAUCUGCGUCAAUAUCUAACAUUCUUGUUUAUGUUGGCAGGAAUCUCCAACAGAACAAGUGAUCAUGUGGGACAUUCAUCGUACCUUUCCAGCUCACGAGUAUUUUAAGAGCAGUGGAGGGGAAGGUCAAGAGAUGUUGUACAAAAUUAGCAAAGUAUGCUCAUAAGUUCAGUUAGUACUUUGAAGUUGCAUUUGUUAGUUAAUUACUGCCUCAUCUUUCAGAAUACAAAAACCAGUAAUCCCAGAAUCGUUGAUGAGGUAGUGUGUCAUGAGAAAAAUGCAUUUAGGCAUGAAAUAAAUUGACUCCAGGCAGUAACAGUAAUUGGUUUGUUGUUUCUUUUUCCUUAUGUACUUGUUUUUAGGCAUACUCUGUGUAUGAUGAGGAAGUGGGUUAUUGCCAAGGACUGUCUUUCUUGUCUGCUGUCUUACUGUUACAUGUAAGUAAAACAAAUGAAAGUUUCUUAUUCAUACUUUUUUUAUCUUUCAUACUUUUAUUUCAUUGCCUUUCCCACUAAUCGUUCUGGUAAAUUUAACUGCUGUAAUGUUUUUCACCUUUUAUCUAAUUGUGUUUAGCUUCCAGAGGAGCAAGCCUUUGCAUUGUUGGUGAAGAUCAUGAAUGAUUACGGGCUGAGAGACAUCUUCAAACACGAUUUUGAGCAGCUGCACCUUAAGUUUUUCCAGCUUGAAAGGAUGAUUGAGGUUAGUCAUGCAUCUAUCAAUAUUUCUGCAGCACAUUGAAUAAGUCUGCACCCAAAAGACGGAACUAAAUUUUUUUUUGUUAAAUCUUUUUCUGGGUCCCCACCUGUGUAUCAGGAUUUGAGUACGCACCAUGACUGGCCUGUUAAAAAGGGCAUUGCUGAUUUGCCAAUCAGACUGAAGGGACAUGCAAAAACACAUUUUCGGUAAUUUGUUGAAUCCAUUGGGAGCCCAGAACAAGGAUCUCUGUGCUGCUUCACAAACAUUACUAGCCGGGGUCCACUAUCCUUGGUGUUUAAUAGAUGAAACUUAUGCAUACAAGUAUUAUUAGUACUGUAGGAAUCUGUCUGUGUUAUGUUUUUAAUUUUAUUCAAAUUUUUAUUUUUCAGGAUUCAAUGCCAGAUCUCUUCAGCCAUUUCCAAUACAAUGAGAUUGAGACCCACAUGUAUGCAUCACAGUGGUUCCUUACUCUGUUUACUGCCAAGUUUCCUCUAUCAAUGGUUUACCGUAUCAUGGAUCUCUUCCUGUGUCAUGUAAGUGGCCCAGCCGGUACUUAGUUGAGGAACCAAGAGAGGGUUAAUGCAUAGUCAUAUACAGUUUCUUCACUUUGUCAGCUAUCAUGUCCAUUUUUGUCCUGUAUCAUUUAGGUCUUGGACUUACAUACAUGUAUUAAGGAAUAUUCUGUUGUGCUCAAUGGUUCUGUAUUUUGUGCAAACGCUUUUUAUUAUAUUGUAUUAAUAUUGUUUAGUUGUGUGGUAUUGCAUCAUCCAUGGCUAUCUGCCAGUGUCACUUAAUGAUUGUGGAUCACUCAAUGACCUGUCCUGAUGACAUAUCAGUAAAUCACUUGGUCAGGUUGCACAAAUUGCAGUGGGAGAGAAGGGGGGGGAUAGGGGUAGGGGUAGGGGGAGCAUAUGCAUACAACAAAAUAUACAACCCAAACCCUCACUAUUUGUAUUGAAGGUGAUCACUUGAUUUUUAUUACAAUACUUUUUACAGGGAAUGAGUGUCAUUUUUCAAGUUGCCUUGGCUCUCUUAAAGGUAUAUUGGAUUUAUUUGUUUGUACAUCACAGCUAAACAAUACUAUAAUGGUUUUCAUUUUACUGUGUCUGAUACUGUCUAUUAAAUUCUUUCAUUAUUCACCAUUAUCUCAUCUUGCAGGCCUCUCGCAGGGAGUUAAUUCAAAUGGAUUUUGAAGCAAUCCUAAAGUAUUUCAGAGUAUCGAUGCCAAAAAAGUAUCUUGAUGAAGAAGAAUACAAGAAGCUCGUCAACUCUGCUCUAGGAUUUAGGGUAUGUGCAGAUGAUGUUAUUUUUAUUAACCCUACUUUGGUUUUCUAGUUUAAGGUGGCUGAACACGGUUUUGCGGGCAGUCGGUGGUCACUGCAUGACGGCACAUGUUUUAAAUUAGACAAACAAAUAUGGUGGCGAAAAAAGCAAAGGUACACAGAAGAAGUUUUCUCAAAAUCUGCGCAUUAAAAUUUUGUGAUAUUUGGCAGAAUUUUUACUUUAAUCAUAUUUUAAAUAAUGAGAACUUUAAAAUGAAGUUAAACAGACAAUUUUUGUGACACAUUUAAUAAUUACAGUACAAUAUGUAAAAAAUAUCUAUAAUAUCUAAAAACCCAUUAAAAUUUGGUCAAAGAAGUUUCAAAUAGUAAUGAUUAAUUGUAGGAAGCUGUGUGCAAGUUUAUAGGAAAAUCUAAAAAGCGAAUUUUAUGUACACCGCGCAAAAGUGAAAUGUUAAGGUUGUAUUCAACCGUUCAUGUUUCCAUGGAAACUACGAGUGUCAAAUUUUACCUGUCAAUCAAAAUCUUUCAUCACUACAUUUUUCACUUACCAAGUUUGAGCUUGCGAGUUGCAACCUUCCUCUUGCCAUGAUUUGGCAAAUGACAUACACUCACAAACUGCCAAACUGUGUUCAGUCACCUCAGUGAUGUUGUAUUUUACUGUGUGUACGUGUGAGUGUGAGCAUUCAGAUGGAAGACUUCUCUUACCUCAGUGACUUAGUGAGCUCCAUGGUAUUAUUUUUUGGUUCUUUGUUUUUCAAUUGAUUUUUGCAGUACUAUUUUCAUAGGAGAAGGCAGCAGUGGAGAAGGGGGACGUCUCUUGCCCAUAAAAAAUAACUAAUGAAUAAUUUAUUACCGGUAGUUAAUUUUUUUUAUUAUAUUUGCUAAUGACAAAAAAUAACUGCUUUGUUGCUAAAAAUAAGAUGAAAAAGAACUGUUCAUACGUGAAAGUUAACUUUUGCAGUCUACUUAAUGUUUAUACUUUCACAUAUGCUUAAAAUAAUAUUGUUGUUCCUUGUGAAGUCCUUGGAGAUGAGAUGGAGGAGUGGUUAACACCAAAUCUUUAGAUCUGUAUGCCUGGGUUGAAGCCUUGCCAUCAUGUUGUUUCCUGCAAUAGAUUGGCAUCCCAACUAGGGGGGAAGGGGGUAGCGUUCUUCGAUGCUUUAUGCUGUUGAAACUGGAUUAAUUUUCUGGCCUUGUGGACCUUACCUUUGUAAAGCAGGUGUUCUUGUUGAAAGAUGUUCUACCAAGUGCUUAGCUUUUUUACUCCUAACGUCGCCAAAGUCACAAUUCAAGUAACAUGUCAAUUGUGUGGUGUGAAAUGAUCACAAGCAAAUGCUGCCUUGAAAAUAAUUACUUUCAAGGAGGGUGAUUUUUUGAGUGGUCACUUCCUGCGAUAUUGCUGGCCAUCACUGGCCAGUUCAUUUUACUGACUUUAACAAGACUCUGUGACAUAUCUCUUUUGAUGAUACUGAGGGUAUAUAUGAAGGGGUUUAACCAUAGCAUCCGUUAUCUGAAUUAAGUCUGUAGGGUAACACCAUUUGUUUUAAUUUCAGGUAACUAAUAAAAAGAUGAAGAAAUACGAAAAGGAAUAUAUGUUGAAGAAAGAACAAGAGGCACAACUUGAAGAUCCAGUAGAAAGACUUCAGGUGAUAUGACAACUUACAUACCUCUCACCAGUUUCUCUUUGUAGGUGUACAGAUAGCUAAUACCUCAGUGGCACGAAAAGAAAAAAAAGUUUGUUGCAAGUAAUGUUUUGAUGAUGAAGUUUCCCGUACAAGACAAAAUAAACAUUAUACACUUAUUCCUUUUUAUACAACAGUUUGCUAUCUGGGGAAGACAUUGGAUUGGUUUGUUGUUUUUUUUUAAAUCCUAGACUAAACUACAUAUGUAUUAUGUAAGUUAUAGUGGCCUUUAAGAUUUUUGUCUUUUUCUUUUUUCCUUCAGCGUGAAAACAAGAGACUCUUUGAAGCAAACAUGCGACUUGAACAAGAAAAUGAUAACCUUGCACACGAGUUGGUCACCACAAAAGUCGAGCUACACAGCAAGUUAGCGGAGGUAUGAUUAUUGUUGAUUGUUUGUUCUAACACUCAGGAGGAGGGAAGCUGCCUCUGCCGCCGUUUCUCAGAUAGGAUGUCUAGGAUUUUCUUCACACAGCAUUGAACCCUUGAAACAAUCAGCCAUCCACUGUUUGAUCUUCAACCUUUGUGUAUCGCCUGUGGCUUCAGCUGUGUGGCUUUAUUUGUUUGUACAAUUUGUUGUAUUUAUUUUUAUUUAUGUAGUCAGAUGAGAAGGUAGAGGAACUGUCCAAGGCAUUAGAUAAUACAACCAUAUCACUGGCUGAAGCAGAGGAUCAACUCGAAAAGUUCAAAGUUGAGGGAGCUCAGGUGAGUUUCUUAACAUCUCUUUUUCAAUGCGUGACCUGUAAAGAAAACUUUUAGCCCUUUAAGCCCCAAUAUCCACAAGCAAAUUCUCCAAACUGAUCUCUAUACAUUUCUUUAAAGAAUGAGUUGAGAGAAUUUGGUAAAAGAUCAAAGCAUUUUCUCUUAGGUCAUCAUUUUAUUAAUUCUCAUAACCUAAUCUCUUGACAUUGUAUGGAUAUUGUUAGGAGAAAAUUGAUGUUAGUCACUAUUGGGACUUAAAGGGUUAAGUGUGGAUGUUCAUACAUUUCAAACGGGAGUCUGAGUAGUUGUUACUUCUGUAAUCACAUAAAUUUAGUCACUGUUCAUUGUACAAUCAUGUUAUUGUUGUUUGUAGGUUAAAGAGAUGUGGAGACAGAACAUUGAACAGGCAGAAGAGGAGAGAAAGCGACAUACUGCCAUCAUAGAGGAGUACAAAAAGGUACAGACAAGUUUGAUUUAGUUUGAGUUCCCCUCAAGAGCAACUAUUGACUAUAAACUCUACUUUCUUGUAGAUCUGUUCUCAAAUGGAUGAAAGAAGUGAGAAGCUGAAGGAAGAUUUGCAUCAAGAACUGUUAGAAGUGAAGGUACAUUUUAGCUUUAAAAAAAAAUUUUGUACCCACCCAUAAUACAUAUACGUAGGUCAUUUUGCAACAAGUAAUUAUUUUUGGUUGCUUCUUUCUUGUCGCGUUGAAAGGCCUUAAGAACAAGAGUUGACCUAUAUUAACAUACGGCUAUUUCGAGAAAGGUUGUCGGAAAAAAAUGUGCACGCGACAAUCCCGAAAAGGUAAUAUGGGACAUGAUCAAUACACUGUUUCUGAGACUGUAGCUGUCGAACCUACUUUUGUUGCUCUACUUUAAAACUCGCAAACAUACGUCCAUGGCCUCUCGUGCCAUUCUUUCAAAUUUCUUUGAAGAAUAGUGAACUCAAAACCACCCACAAUACCUUUCGGGAUUGGCACGUGCACUUUUUCCGACAACCUUUCUCGAAACAGCUGUAUACAAGGUGCUGCUUAGCAACUGACGGUAUGAGUAAUAUUGUACCCAGAUCUCCCGGGUGUUUGUCUGUAAAUAGAAAGGCACUAGCCAAACAACUUGAUACCUUUCCCAGCACUACUUUAGUGAGUAACGUAACAGGUUCUGAGCGAAACAUACCUGUGCUUUUCAUACCAGUGGUGCAGCUUUAAAAAAGUUCAUUUGGGAAGGGAAAAAAUAUUGUUUGCCACAUCUUUUUUUUUCAUCAUCAACUUUUCAAUGUUCAAAAAGUUAAAGGGGCUCUGUCUCAGCAUUUCAAUCAUCACCACCAUCAUCAUCGCCAUAAGUCCUUCUCCUGUCCAAUAACACAUAGAGUUCAAAGUUCUCCAUUCACACCUGCUUUUGAGUAACUCAAUUUCAGCCCAACCUCACUACCCAAAAUCAGUCCUCCUGUUGAAGAAUAGUAUGGCUGAGCCCCUUUUCUGACUCCUUAAACAGUCAUCUUUCUUGCUUGUCGAAUAAAUAUGUCACUAGUAUACUGUCUUCUCUCCUCAGAGACGAGUUGGAUCAUGUGAAAACUGCGCAACUCUCUUUUCAGACGAAGGACACGUGUCACUGGAAGGAGACAGUACUGUCUCAUUCAAAACAAGCGUCAAGGUCGUGGAUGCUGAGCAGCGACUGAGGGAACUGGAACUGGAGCUUGCGCAGACUAAGUUGUCUCUCGUAGAAGCCGAAUGUCGAUCACAGGAGUUAGAGCACAGGCUGGCAGCCAUUGUGGCUGCUGCUGGGGAAAGCAAAUCUUGGUUCAAGAGAAUUAGUUUGGUUAAAGACUCUGGGAAGUAAAUGUUUAGUUGUGUUACCCAGUUAUAAUCUAGCAGUGUUUACAGGUUUAUGCGACAGUAAAUGUUGUAGUCACAUAGUUGAGGGAAAAUAUUAUUUCGGGCUGUGUCCAGAUCGACUUGUUACCCAUAUGCUGGGGAUCCAUGCUUUGACACUGAAAUGAGGAAUUGAAGAAACGCCCCCAAAAUUUGACACUCUGUACUCAGAGCUCUGAGCAUAUAGGAGGUUUUGGCAUUUAAAUUAAAUGUAAGUAUUAAAUUGUGCCUUGGGUUUAGUCUACCCACCUCUGAGUUUUUUCAUUUUGACAGAGGUUCAUAAAGAUGUUUAGUUUUUUGAUGACCUCCGGACGACCUCCUCUAGUACCAGUUUUCCUCUGUGCAUCUGUUUGUUCCUCCAUGUAUGGUCGAUUUUGUUUCCACCACAUUGGCUUAGUGUUGACAAAGAGAAAGGAAAGACUACAGUGGUGCCCAAACACAGUUUUAUGCCCUGUGUGGGUUGGCAGUUCGCAUUUGCGGGACCAUUUCCCAAAAUUUGCUUGGGAAUCAACAAGAACUGAUGAGAAUAGCUCCCAUGUGUGGUAAUAGUUACCAUGCACCAAGCCUGGACACAAACUUACAUCCUGAGGUAGCAAAAAUAGACUGCGACACGCUCGUGGCCAUUCGUGUGUCUCGCGUUUUUCUCUACGUACUACAGAAAAAGAGAGACUGCUCGUAGUCUAUAGCGAAAAUUGCCGGUUACACUCUUGAGUUAAAUGUACCUGAUCUUUAAUCAGCCAGUGAUGGUCGGAUCCAUAUCUAAAGAAACUUCAGCUGUUUUAACCGUGGUAAUAAUGAGCAGUUAUCA